ACUUUAGAAGCAACGAUGGCGUCAGUUGGUGCAAAAACGCUUUGGGUUCGCAAUGUGUGGAAAAAAUUUCUUGAAUCGGAAACAGGAUUUGAUUAUGUGCUUAUGAAACAUCUGAAGGUUACAGAUGCUACCGAUGGAAAAGUCAGUGCCGAAAUGCCCGUCGAACCUCAACAUUUGGUUAAUAGAUUUGGUUCUGACCAUCUUGUAAAAAAAUUUUCAUUCAAAACAUACAAAACCACCAAACCAUCCUUUGUAAAUAUCAAGAAUCGACUCAACUCAAUGCACGGAGGAAUGAUCGCAACGCUAGUCGAUAUUGGUGGUUCAUUGGCUAUAGCUGCCAAGGGGAUGAAUUCCACAGGACUUUCCACUGAUAUAA